AUGCAGUUCACCACUAUCACCGCCAUCCUCGCCUCGGCCGUCCUUGCCAGCGCUGGACCACUCGACGCUCGCCAGACCGCCACUCGUAGUGUCGUCGGUACUUUCUUCACCAACAAAAAUGGCUGCAACCCUCCUAGCACCGGUGUGAGCUUCACGUUCGUUCAGGGCACACCGGGUGCCUGCCAGAACCUGGCUGUCCCAGUGAACGGUGCCAUCACUGACACCAACUUCACCAACAACAACCUUACCCGCACUAUUCGCUUCUACAACAAGCCAUGCAACCAGCUCGGCUCCGCUAACUUCUUCGACGUCACCCCGCUCAACGGCGCACCUGAGCCCGUCCCUGACUGCAAGUCGCAGCUCGUUGUUUCUUACUCGACUAUCUAA